AUGCCGGAUCCGUGGCACGUUUAUGGAAUAAUUACUUUUCCGAUGCACCAACGUUCCCGGUCGAUUAUUUCCGACGAAGAUUUCGAAUGCGCAAACAUAUGUUUAUCCGCAUAUGCCAAGCUAUACACAGCUUUAGCGCCAUCGAACCCCUACCCAAACACUUUCAGUUUUUUCAAAAAAAUCAAACCAAUUGCUCUGGUAGGCAUGGUUUCAACAUUUUCCAAAAAUGUACUUCCGCCAUACGUCAACUGGCAUAUGAAUGAGUACUUGAGAAGGCCGACAAGUGAAGAUGUCCAACGUUUGGUAAGUAAGCAUGAACAGAUACAUGGUUUUCCUGGUAUGCUUGGUAUUAUUGAUUGUAUGCAUUGGGGUUGGAGAAAUUGUCCGGUGGCUUGGCAAGGGCAGUACACACGAGGCGACAAAGGACAUCCAGCGAUCAUGCUUAAAGCAAUAGCUUCGGCUCCUGCACUCCAAUAUACUGUUAACGGUGAAGAGUUUACCAAGGGAUAUUAUCUAGCUGACGGUAUUUAUCCGGAAUGGGUGACACUAGUCAAGUCUUUUAAAUCCCCGAUGGAUCCAAAGAGUGGAAAGUUCAAACGCUAUCAAGAGGCUGCAAGAAAGGAUGUCGAACGAGCUUUCGGAGUGCUUCAAGGUCGUUGGGCAAUCCUUAAACAUAAUGCCCGCCCGUUUUCGGUGAACAAAAUAAAACGUAUUAUGUAUGCUUGUGUUAUUCUACACAACAUGAUUGUUCAAGACAACGGUAACGCAAUAUCCGACUUUGAGGAAGAUUAUUUGUCCGAUCCAACUAAUGUGACAACACGUACGUGGGAUGAAAGGGUUGCAACGCAAAUGCGGGCCUUCAGGGAGUUACGUGAUAGAAGGACGUACCAUCGACUUCGCAAUGCUCUAGUGGAACAUGUUUGGAACCUCCCGGAAAAUUACCGUCGACGUUGA